AUGAAAGUCCUCUUUUGGAAUAUCAGAGGCGCAAAUAAGGCUGCUGGUUUAAGAGCCUUAUCAUAUUUUAUUCGAGAUCAUUCUCCUGAUGUUGUUUGCGUAGUGGAGCCAAUGAUUAGUGAAAGCAAAUUCCCUUUUUUGUUCUUUAAAAAAUUGGGGUUCGAGUCUGACUUCAUUCACAAUUUCUGCAUGGACAAGGUCCCUAAUAUAUGGGUAAUAUGGAAACAAGGAAUUCCUCGCCCCUCGAUCAUCACGGUGUCUGAUCAGCAACUAUCAAUUACUGUGGAUUGGUUAGGGAACUGUGUAGGCCUAACCUUUGUUCACGCUAAUUGUUUUACGGUCAAACGGAGAGAGCUUUGGUCGGAGCUAGGUUUGGUGGUGAAUCCAAAUCUGCCCUGGUCGGUGAUAGGUGAUUUCAAUGCUACCCUUCUUUCCAACGAGAAAAGGGGUCCAGGGAGAUUUAAUGCAAAAUCAGCUGCCGAUUUCCAAUCUAUGGUGGAUACUUGUCUUUUGAUACAAGUACCCUCGCAAGGUAAGAAGUUUACCUGGACUAACAAUCGCCGGCGAGGUAAUGUAGCUGCGGUCCUCGACCGAAGUUUCUGCAACAGUAAAUGGUUGGAUAUGUUUAAAAGUACUCUUCAAAGGGUCCUUUUAAGGUCAUCAUCUGAUCAUGCUCCCAUUCUAGUUGUGUCAGAUUCGAUCGCCCGACCAGGUAACAUUCCUUUUAGAUUUAAUAAUUUUUGGAUGGAGCAUGAUCUUUUUGAUAAUGUAAUUCAAGAUGUGUGGAACCAAGAAAUAUUUGGAAAUCCAAUUUUUAUGCUUUCUCAGAAACUUAAGCGAGUUAAGCUAUUUAUCAAGCCUUGGGGAAGAAAAAAUUUUCCCAAUAUUGAUAAUGAAGUCAAAAAAGCUUCGGAUCACCUAAAUUCUGUUCAUCAAGAAAUUGAGGCUGCAGGGAUGUCAGAUGACCUUUUUGGUCGCGAGGCUGAUGCCAAAACAGCGCUAUUGAAAGCUACCCAGUUGCAGGAUAAUCUAUGGGCUAAAAAAGCUAAGCAGAGGUGGAUGAAAGAUGGGGACAAAAAUUCAAAGUUCUUUCAUCUAUCAGUGAAAAUGCGACGGGAUCGAAAUCAAAUCCGCACUUUGCAGAAUGCUGAUGGGGAGUGGAUGAAUGACCAGCAACAAUUAUCUUCAUAUAUUGUCAAUUAUUAUGAGGAAUUCCACAGAUUAUCUAUUACUUCUCCUCACCCUGAGCUGCUGGAUUGCAUUCCAUGCAUUAUUUCGGAUGAUGAUGCUCUUUAUUUGGAGGCUGAACCAUCUUCAGAGGAAAUAAAAAAAGCUAUUUGGGAAUUAGACCCAAAUAGUUCCCCUGGACCUGACGGCUUCUCAGGGAAAUUUUUUAGGCAGGUAUGGAGUAUUGUUGAGGAUGAUUUUUGCAGGGCUGUAUUGCACUUUUUCAGACGGAGAAUCUUUCCAAAGGGUGUGAAUAAUUUCUUUCUCACUCUUAUCCCUAAGGUGGUGGGGGCUACUUCUCUCGACAAGUAUAGGCCAAUUUGCAUGGGGAAUUAUUUUUGCAAGGUAUUACCAAAAAUUGUGGCAAGUAGAGUUGCAAUUCUACUGCCAAAGUUGAUUUCGGAGGAACAAGGGGCAUUCCAAAAGGGGAAGAUAAUAUCAGAAAAACAUUAG